GUUCAGUUGUGAUAUCACUUAAAGGGCGGGGGAGAGGGAGUCCAGGGUUUUAGGUUGAAAUGCCUGACAUUCCUUCUAGUAUAAUGAGCCAUGGUGAGACUCACUGCUGCUAGGCUGAGCUGUUCAACUGGUUUAGCCCUCGGAGUGUAGGAGAGAGAGAGGGGGAUGAGAAAAGGGCAAGCAGGUACAAUAGACUUCAGUUUACACUGACUAUGAGCUGAAGUGAAACCUUGGCACUAAAACCCAAAUAGUUUCCUCAUCCUUAAACUCACUACUACAGUGAACCUGUAUGACUGAGUAAAGAGGCAAUGUGUAAAUUAACAUCCCUCCCAAGUCUCCACCCUAUACCAUUUGAAUAAGGCUGGGUGAGUAUGCAUGGGAUGUCUGGGAUUGUUUCUGUAGCUAAAUAAGGGUAGGGUUGUGUACUGUAAACACUAUCUGGUGUGGACAUUCAUUUCGAGAGUUAACCUAUUAUGUUGCUAUUGACAACCGUGUUCAUUUAUUAUGUUGCUAUUGACAACUGUGCUUUGGAGUAGAUGUUGGAGGACGCAGGUGUUCUGAGAAAGUGUCCACACACACUCAUCUGUGAGCUAACACCCUGUUCUGCCUACAUCUACACCUCAUGGUCCCAUGGUUUAACUAUUCAUAGGUCAGCCGACUGGCAGUUACCCAGGUCUGUCUUACAACAGACUGCUAUUAACUUAAACACACCGUAUCGAGAUGAGGCAUGUUUUAAUGGGGCUACAUCAUAAUUGUCUCUAGUUUGGAAGAGAAAUAGAGAGGCUUAUUGAACUCGUAACAUUACAAAGCAAAUAGCAGUCCUGGUGUUUGGACAACACCUAGGCUUUAAAGUGUGACCCAAUUGUUAGAGAAUAUCUACAGUCACUGUUCUCAGAUUUGUUAAUGUCUCUGUCUCUUUCUGAUGUCUCCCUGUCCAGUAAACAUGAGAGAAACAGUUUUAUAGGAGCCAAUGUCUGUGUGUGUGUCUGUGUGUCUGUGUCUGUGUGUGUGUUUGGGUCAUGCUCUGCACUCCUACUGGCUAUGCCAAGUAUGUUCCUACUCACCUGGCUCUCAGGUAUGUGAUAAAAUAGAGGGAAAUUAGCAGUAAACAAAACUCUCUUCUUCCUGAUCUCACCCUUACACAAACACACACACCCUGGGUGGUGGCGUAGCCUCUAGGACUGUCUGAGCUAGUCUGUGUCCACGCCUGUAUCUGUUCAAACACCUGUCGGCUAGUCACACAGCUAGUCACACUCCCUCUCUCUCUCCGUUCACACACAGACCUAGCAAUCUUUACCUCUACUUUUGUCUCUCACCUGCUCUCACUCUACCUGUGUGGGAGUCUACGGUUUGGGAGACCGUCUGUGGAUACAGUAUCUAGUGAAAGGAGCCAGUGGAGGAAUCAUAGGAACCAGAUUGGGAGCCAGUGGAGGAAUCAUAGGAACCAGAUUGGGAGCCAGCGGAGGAAUCAUAGGAACCAGAUUGGGAGUCAACAGAGGAAUCAUAGGAACCAGAUUGGGAGCCAGCGGACGAAUCAUAGGAACCAGAUUGGGAGUCAGCGGAGGAAUCAUAGGAACCAGAUUGGGAGCCAGCGGAGGAAUCAUAGGAACCAGAUUGGGAGCCAGCGGAGGAAUCAUAGGAACCAGAUUACAAAGGACCCGACUAUGUCAAAAGAGGGGGAAAGAGCAUCAGUGUUGAAGACCACUAAGGUUCGGACCAAGCUGAAGGGAGAUGGCAGCUGGAUGCAGAGACUCAGUGAACCCCAGUCUGAAACAGAGGAGGAGAAACCAUGGAUGGCAGAAGUUGUGAAUCAACUGAAUGGAGCGCCUAUAGACACCAGCCCUGUAGCCUCUCCCACAUCCAAGACCCCUCCCCCCCCCACCAGACCUGCAGAAGACGGAGCACCAUCUCCAGGAUACCUCAGCAGAGGGAUUUUUACCAAGACAGACACCAAGCCUGCUGCCAACUCAUCUACAUCCAAUGGCUUUAGUGGGUCAACAUCCAGCUUCACCAAGAGGCCUUCAGAAAGCUACAAGAGAAUAGCUCCUCACACAGUGCGUCCCACCUCAAACCUCCCAGUUCAAACUGAGGACCAGCUUUCUCCAGAGGAGAAGGACAAACGGGAGGAAGCAGCCGUGAACGUGCUCAAGACCUCUUCAGUCAGACAACGCUCCUAUGUCCUCUCAGCCGCCAAUAAAUAUGAUUGUACUAAAAAAACAACAGAAACCUCCCUGACCACAGAUGCUCCAUCUUUUGUGGCUAAAAGGGUGGUGAUCACAGGCAAUGAUGACUCUGUCUUCACUGAGACUCCCUCUGUCCCCAAAGAACCAGCUGCACCAUCUGUGAAAGGCGUCCCUCCUGUAUGUGUGAAAGAUGUCUCUCCUGUAUGUGUGAAAGACGUCUCUCCUGUAUGUGUGAAAGACGUCUCUCCUGUAUGUGUGAAAGACGUCUCUCCUGUAUUGGUGAAAGAUGUCUCUCCUGUAUCUGUGAAAGAUGUCUCUCCUGUAUGUGUGAAAGACGUCUCUCCUGUAUCUGUGAAAGACUUCCCUUCUGUAUGUGUGAAAGACGUCUCUUCUGUAUCUGUGGAGGGCAUCCAUGUAUGUGUGAAAGACGUCCACCUUUCAACCCCCGUCAUAGUUGACACCCCAGCAGGGAUUGACCCUUAUGAGAGCAUGAAGCCAGGGCGUACCAAAGUGGCCACUGAGCUGUCCCCAGAGAGUAGUGUCCUGCUGAAAGUAGUUUCCCCAGUGUCCCCUGUCCCAUACAAACCAGUGAAGACAGAUCCUGCCCCAGUGGACACUCUGACAGCCCUGUCUGACACACUCAUCUCCUUCGACACACGUUUAUCCAGCUCCAGAGUCCCUGACCCAGUAUGGACAGAGACAGCAGAGCCAGAGGACAGAUUGCAUGGUGAGCCAAUCCCUCAGCUCAUGGUUGAUGAUCUCCUCUCUCUCACUAACGGUCUAGAAGAGGAGUUGGUAAAGCCCAUCCCUCCCAGCCCAGGAUCUUGGAGUCAGGAGCUUCUCAGUGGAUCAGACAGUGUGAAUGAAAAUGUGUUGGAGGCACUUGCAGACGACGGUAUCCCUAUCGACACAAACAAAUCAAGGUCAUCUGACAGUGAUUCACCAUGGGAUAGAUGGAGUGCACCAACUGUCUAUAAAGAGAAGGAGGACAGCUCUAGAUCCUACUCCAGGACCUUGGACAGUUCUGCCAACCAGAGACCCAAGUCACCAGACACUGAGUCCAAGAAGUGUUUUGUGUAUCUGAAGGAGUACGUGGACGUUACAGAUCUAACCAAGCACAACACUAGAGACAAUGAUCCUGACUAUGUAACGUCUAGUUCUACCAGCCAUUCCUACAGUAGUCCCUCCUCUUACACCAGGUCUACCAUGACGUCUGCCUGUACAUACUGUGGAGAGCAGGUGGGCAACGAUGCCAAGAUCACCAUCGAGCACCUCAACAUCUCCUGCCACCCGGCAUGCUUCAAGUGUGGUGUUUGCAGUAAGCCAAUGGGAGACUUUCUGUCCAACAUGUUCCUGCACAAAGGGAAAGUCCACUGUGAGAGCUGCUAUGCCAACGUCUUGUAGGAUGCUUCCUUUCCUUGUCUCCUCAUCUCUUUUCCUUCAUGGCCACUGAGAGGUGACAAGACUGGAUGGCUGAUAUAACUGCUCUUUCCCAUCAAGACCUGUCGUCUGCUAACAGACAGGGACACUGCACCUUGGGUUUGACAUGAAUUUCCAUGUGUGAGAUUUUGUUUUCAUACCUUUGUAUGGAUCCUACUGAAUUGCAUGAGGUUAACACUGGAACUCUAUGGCAGUUAUUUUAUGGUUUAAAGAGAAUAAUAUGAUAAAAUUACUGAUAUUGUCUUCCGUCCAUUUGAAUGACCACUUUUUUUGUCUUUUUUUCUCCUUAAAGGCCCAGUGCAGUCAAAAAACGUGAUUUCCUAUGUUUUACAUAUACUGUAUUUCCAUGCUAUGAGGUCGGGAAUAAUACUGCGAAAUUGGGAAAAUUAUGAUAAUUCUCUUUAAAUGUGUAAGCUCUGUUUGGAAAAAAAAAACGCCAGAAAUGUCUGCUUGUUUUAGUGGGAGGAGUUUUGGCCAGCCUGGCGUCAUCACCAGGUGGUAUACGAAUAACAACAGGUUUUCAUCUUACAUAUCCUUCCCAUUAGGCUCGUCCAGUUAGGACUCUCACUCAGGCCUACAAAAAUAGUUUUUAGAGAAAUUGCUCUUUGCUUAGAAGCUAUUUUUGUUUCUUUUUGACAAUUUUAGCGAGGUAAUUAAUUACCCAGAAAUGGUUUGAUAUUGAGAUAAAAGCGGCUGCAUUGGACCUUUAAUGUCGUAACUUUGUGAAUUUAUUGUGAAAUAUGAAGGAACUGUAUGUAAAAGUCUCUAAAUAUUAUUAUGUAAGGACACGAUUUAACUGGGAACUGGCUAUGUAGAUUAGCAGUUGGGUACAAUUUCCCAAUUUCAGGCUUGACUGUGCAAAGUAAAUAACUCUAUAUUCGUUUUCAAAUUUUCAUUUUUAAUUGUCUGAUGCCUUUUCCUCACAAUAAACAAUAAUAACAGAUUCACAUAAACAUGAUAUAGAGU